AUGAGAGCUGCGAUCAUGGUGUAUGUUGAUUUUUGGGAGAUGGAGUCGUCGGAUAGCGAUUUUUUUGGAACAGACUCCGAUGAGGAGUUCCCAAGAGGAGACGAUCUAGAUUUUUUAGAUGACGAUACGGAGGCUGAUGAAGAUAGACCUCAAGAUAAGAGAAUAGCAGAGCUGUCACGAGAAGAUAUCAUGCAACUUCAGUUUACAGAUGAGGAAGCUGUUUAUCAAUUCUACAAUACUUAUGCAAUGAUGCACGAUUUUGUUGUGAGGUUGGAUGAAGUCAGACACGAUAGCAAUGGUUGCAUAAUUAUGCGCCAAAUUGUUUGCAAUCGGGCGGGCUCAAGAAAGGAAGAGGUUGAAAAGGACGAAAGAAUCAGGGACCACCGACCCCUAACUCGAAGUUGUUGCCGGGCGAGAAUUCGUGCAAGACUAGAUAGAAAAAUUCAUAAAUGGAAGGUUGUUUCGUUCUACGAAGAGCACUCUCAUGGAUUAGUUGAUCCACUCGUCGUUAGCAUGAUGCCUGAGUAUCGCACAUUCAGUGUCUUGGAUAUAGCUCAGGCAAAGAAUUUGCACGACAUAGGCAUCAGGACCUGUCACAUCUUGUGA